AUGGAAAUUCGCGAUAUGAAUGAUAUCGAGGCUGCCCCGAUACGCAUGGGCGGUAUAUACACUGUCAUCAAGUCCAAAGCGCCCUUUACCAAGCGACAAUACGGGGAUAAGUAUCUUCUGGUUGGUCCCUUGGUCCGCCAGUCGGCGUCUCUCGAGGUCGUUCCUCUCCCUCCCUCGACUCCUGAGCUGGCAACUGCCAUUGAAAAUCUAAAACGGCGUGGAGUCGAUACACUGUAUGGUCGAUGGCAGGUGGAGGGCUCACCUCGGGUGCUUCUCAUUGAUACUGUCUCGAAUGCUCAGCAUUUGGAGACCUGGAAGGCUGAUUUUGCACGACGCCUCUGCAUCUCGCCUCCUCUGCCAGAAGGAGACGUCUUAAUUGACGAGUCAAUUGCCUUUGGAUACUUGUCAUAUUGGUUUUUGGAAGAGUUGGUCAAGGCAGAACAGAACAAAGUCAUCUUGGCCCAUUUCCAUGAAUGGCCGGCUGGCCUAGCCCUACCUCUCAUCCAGCAGAACAAACUUGACGUCGUCUCAAUAUUUACAGCACACGCUACUGUUUUGGGAAGGGAACUCUGCAAGGCCGGCACGGACUGGUACGACAUCCUUGACACCCUCGACGUCGAUCGAGAAGCGAAGGGGAUCGAACAUUUCCAUUGGCAUUGCCUUGAGAGAGCGGCUGCCCAUGCCGCCGAUAUAUUCACGACAGUCUCCGACAUCACGGCGCAAGAGAGCGAAUUUCUCCUGCAAAGAAAGCCACACUGGAUCUUGCCCAAUGGACUUAAUGUCAGUCAAAUGAUUGCUUUCAACGAGGCCGAAAACCUGCGGAGAUCGUCGUCGAAGCGCAAAUUGGAAGACUUUGUGCGCAGUCAUUUUUAUGGUCAUCUUGAUUUCGAUUUAGAAGACACUCUUUUCUUCUUUACUGCGGGACGAUACGAAUUUCGAAACAAAGGCGCCGACCUGUACAUUGACUCGCUGGCACUCUUAAACAACCGACUCAAAGCUCAGGAAAGCGCUACAACCGUUGUGGCUUUCAUCAUCAUGCCAGCUAAGAGUACAUCCAUCACGACGGAAACGCUUAAAGGAAAAGCUGCUGUUAAAUCGCUAAAAGAUUAUAUCACGGAUAUGAAUCGGAGCCUUGGUGCCAAGCUCCUUGAGAAAAGCUUAAGCUGGAAAGAAGGCGAUGCCCUGCCAACGAAACUCAAUCUAGUCACAGAGGAGGAGAAUAUCGAUCUCCAAAGGCACCUUCAAGCCAUGCAGAGGCACGACAUGCCUUCUGUCUGCACUCACAAUCUGGUCGAGGCGGAUAGCGAUCCCAUACUGAAACGGCUCGCCGAGGCUGGGCUACAAAACCAGUCCACUGACAGGGUAAAAGUCAUCUUCUUUCCUAGCUUCUUGAACCCGUCCGAUCCGGUGCUUCCGAUGAACUAUUAUGAAUUCAUCCGGGGCAUUCACUUGGGGGUUUUCCCAUCCGUCUACGAGCCGUGGGGCUAUACCGCCGCGGAGUGUGUUGCGAUGGGGAUACCCAGCAUCACCUCUAAUGUCACCGGCUUUGGGUUGUAUAUGGAACAAUUACUUGGCGAAUCGACCGUCGAUCACGGGGUGUAUAUUGUGGACCGCCGAACCCAGAGCUUCGAGAAGGCCGUCUCACAGACCUCGGACUUUAUGCACGAACUCUGUAGCAUGACGCCCCGAGAACGGAAAGCGCUUCGCCAUUACACGGAGGAGCUAAGUGAAGUUCUCGACUGGGAGCAUAUGGAUCUUGAAUAUCACAAAGCGAGACGUUUUGCCCUUCGCUCUAUAUAUCCAGAUCAGAUUUCGGAAGAGGAGGAUGAGGACACCGCUUGGCCCGGGAGGAUUCCGAACUCGUGGCAAAACUCAAGGUACCCCUCGGAUUCAUCCCUCGGGCCAAACUUCCAGAGCAACAGGGGUGCCGGUGUUAGGACCGUGGCUAUACACCCCAGCAGCGUCAACGCCCAAUGA